AUGGGCCUCCUCACCGUCAUCCGCAAGUUGCGGGCCCGUGAGCGCGAGAUGCGGAUCCUGAUCCUCGGGCUCGACAACGCCGGCAAGACGACCAUCAUGAAGAAGUUUCUCGGCAAAGACACCAACGAAAUCGCGCCCACUUUCGGAUUUAACAUCGAGACGGUCAAAUUCAAGGAUUGCAACCUGAACCUGUGGGAUGUGGGUGGGCAGACGAGCUUCCGCUCAUACUGGAAGAAUUACUUUGAACAGACCGACGCUCUUGUCUGGGUGGUCGACUCGAUGGACCGCGAGCGAUUGGAGCAAUGCGCCCAGGAACUUUGGAAUCUGCUACGAGAAGAACGUCUCCUCGGCGCCACCCUCCUCGUGCUCGCCAACAAACAAGACAGACCGUCGGCGCUGAAAAGCGAGGACAUUGCCAAGAUACUGAACCUGGACGCGAUCAAGACACACCAUUGGCGCAUCUACCCCUGCUCGGCAUUCACCGGCGAAAACCUGCUAGAGGGGAUAUCCUGGGUGUGCGAUGAUGUCUCCAGCCGGAUAUUCACCGAU